AGGUCUUCUCUGGUUUUUAACUCUCUCUGUCUCUUGUGUCUGAGGAGAGACAGAAACUGAACAGGGUAGCUUGAGACCAUUUUAUAAUAUAUAUUUAUUUGUUGUACACAAAGUCAGUCUCAUCUUGUAGAUAAAGAAAGCUGAAAAUUAGGUUUGUCUUAUUUCCUUGCAUUCAAUAUCCCUUCUUCUUUUUUCCUCCUCAUUCAUUCAAUCUCUCUUUUCCAGUUUCUUCUUUAUGAAAACUCUCUCCUUUUCCUUGUUUGUAUGCGUGUGAAAUAUCUAAAGGAUAUGAUGAUGAUUAUGAUCAUUAAAGGAACAAAAAGAAGGUAGUUUCAUGCCAUUUAUGGGGUUUUCAACAGCUCUUUGGAGUUGGGAGUUGGUGGAGGAAUAGUAAGAGGAACGAUUAUAAACCAAGCUUUUUGAGGGUUCUCAUGGCUACUACUGCUACAAACAAUAAAGUGAUCAAUCACUCAGCUCAUCAAUUUGAACAGCAGCAACAACAAAAUCAUCAUCAACAACAGCAAAACCAGCAUCAUCAGCAACAUCAGCAACAAUAUCAUCUUCAUCAAAUGCAAGAGCAGCAUAAUCAUCAUCAGAUUCCAUAUGGAAUCAUGCAGUCAUCAUCAUCAUCAUCCUCAAUCCCUGGGAACUUCAUAAGCAAAGAUGCUGGAGCUUAUGACAUGGGAGAAUUGGAUCAAGCCCUUUUUCUCUAUCUUGAUGGACAAGACCCCUCCACUGUUAAUCAAGACCAAAGACAGAGUGGUGCAGGAAUGAGACCUCCAACUUUGAAUAUUUUCCCAUCUCAGCCUAUGCACGUAGAGCCAUCAUCAACAAAGGCUAAUAUUACUGGUGCUAGUACUGGAUUAGUUUCUUCUGCAACUGGUGGUUCGAAGGGACCAUCAGAACCGUCCAUGGAACUUGCCAACACAAGAAAUAAUUCUGCUCCUGGCCCUGAACCAGCUAAAGCUAUCAAGCGCCAAGGGAACCGUAAAGGACCAGCAAGAUCAAGUUCGGAGCUGGAAGGACCCAAGACGCCAGACCCUAAGACAUUGAGGAGACUUGCUCAGAAUAGAGAAGCAGCAAGGAAAAGCAGACUAAGAAAAAAGGCUUAUGUUCAGCAGCUAGAGUCAAGUAGGAUUAAACUUACACAGUUGGAACAAGAGCUACAAAGAGCCCGAACUCAAGGAAUAUUCCUUGGCGGAGGAGGUCUUUUAGGAGGAGAACAAGGCAUUCCUGUUGGUGUCACCAAUAUUAGCGCGGAUGCAGCAUUUUUUGAUAUGGAGUAUGCAAGAUGGCUUGAGGAGAACCAUCGCCUAAUGUGCGAGCUUCGGGCAGCAGUACAAGAGCAUAUACCCGAAAAUGAGCUUAGGCUCUUUGUUGGCAACUGCUUGGCACAUUAUGAUGAGAUGAUGAAUCUCAAAAGCGUGGUUGCCAAGACCGAUGUCUUCCAUCUAGUUUCUGGCAUGUGGAAGACUCCGGCCGAGCGAUGCUUCAUGUGGAUGGGAGAUUUCCGGCCAUCUGAGCUCAUAAAGAUAAUAGUGGGUCAAAUUGAGCCAUUAACGGAGCAACAAAUCUUGGGAAUAUAUGGCUUGCAGCAAUCAACACAAGAAAAUGAGGAUGCACUCUCUCAAGGGCUCGAAGCUCUCAAUCAAUCUCUUUCAAAUACCAUAGCCUCUGAAUCACUGAUCUGCCCUCCUAAUAUGGCUAACUACAUGGGCCAAAUGACUGUAGCAAUGAACAAGCUCUCCACUCUUGAAGGAUUUGUUAGACAGGCAGAUAAUCUGAGGCACCAAACCAUUCACCGGCUGCAUCAAUUACUCACAACCCGCCAAGCUGCAAGGUGUUUGCUCGCCGUUGCCGAGUACUUCCAUCGUCUUCGAGCUCUCAGCUCUCUCUGGGUGGCUCGUCCUCGGCAGGAAUGAAGAAUUGUAGAAACCCUAGACUUUUAGUACCACUUUUAUAACUUUAAGGGCCACUCUCUCUUAAUUAUUAAAGUAGGUCUUCCAUAUUUCUUUUCCUUAUUUUCUACAGAAAGAUGUAUAGAUAGACAAAAUAUUAGAUUAAACAUCUUAAGUGGUAGAACUCUCGCACUUUCUCACUUGAUCAAUUCUUCGUGAGAGAUUCAGCGAAGCAAUGAUUUGGCAGCCA